AUGCAUGCAUACUUUGCACCUCCCCCCCGCACACCCACACGCACCGCACACACGAUUGAUUUUUGUUUCCUCACUACCAAGCACAAGCAUCGUCGCAGAAUGUUGAGUCAUCAUGCGUGUGGCCUGUUCGCCCUGGCUUUGGUUGCGGCGUUGCUCGGAGUUGAUUCGGCGCAGGAGAUACCGCUGCUACCUGGAGGAGAAUCCCACCGUGGUCAAAUCCAGCUAAGGCAGUCCCGCAAGCAUGUGCGUGGGGGCGGGGAGGCUGAACCUAUCGGAGGGGGGCGUCGAGGCAUCAGCACCACGGCGCUUCACACCAAUGAAGGAGAGCUUCUUCCACAGGUUCCCUCGUGGGCGUCUCCUGUCGGAGCUGCAAUCCCGUCCUCUUCACGCCAGCACCAGCGCCGCAGAACGGCCGACAGCUGUGAAGACGGCGAUCCGUUCUCGAUAUCCUCCUCGCUUAUACCUACCGCCGACGGGUGCUACUUCGAGACCGACGACACAACCAUCAGCAGCGACGAGAUAGUUUAUUCACCCUCAGGGACGACAGUCGCCCAGCAGAUGUGGGUGUUCACGGGUGGGCUCGAAGGCUCCUUGAAUAUCCAUUGGUGGUUGGGUUUCGUUAACUCCGUCGACGACUCUGGCUAUUUUACUUUUUCGUCCUACUGCGUGUCCAACGAGCCAUCUUCCUUGUACCACCCCGCGGACGUGCCCAGCUGGUGGUGUGGCUACGACUCUGACGUAUCGACAGACGAUUUCGACGUGACGUGCGGCGGCGGGUGCUCAGGCCCGUCACCGUCCUCGUCGUCGACGACGCUCCCUUCGCCUACCCCGGAACCUGCGCCGGAAACUUCCGAGCCCACCGAGGCUGCCACGCCAGAGCCCACCGAAGCUUUAACUCCCGCGCCAACAACUGAACCCGCCACGCCCGCCCCAGCGACGCCUCCGACGCCUUCACCAACUGCCAUGGAGACGCCCGAGCCCACCGAACCUGCCACCCCCACGCCCACCGAAGCUGCUACGCCCGAGCCCACCGAAGCCUUGACUCCCGCGCCAACACCUGAACUCCCCACUCCCGCCCCGUUGACGCCUCCACCAACCGCCGUGGGGACUCCCGAGCCCACCGAAGCUCCAGCCCCGUCCCCAACACCGGAACCCCUCACCCCUGCUCCGGUGACGCUAACUUCACCGACCCCUUUCGAGACGUCCGAGCCCACCCCUUCCCCAGUCACCACCGGCAGGGAAAUCGAGCCUGUCCCUUCCCUACCACCGGCCGACGAUACGCCCGCACCGAUAGUUUCGACGCAGGGGCCGACGCAUUGGCCGACGCCGGGCUCGGUGGCGGACAGCACUUUGCCACCCGAUGGUGCUGCUCCGUUGCUCGGCGGCACACCGGCUCCCUCUGACGACCAGAGCCGUGCGAUACAAGGUUCUGACGCCGUUGGCCGAUACGCUCCUUGGUCGGUUGUCGCAACGAUUGUGGUGGGCGUACUGGCUGCUGUGGCCGCCGCAGUGGAAUGGUGAACUACGUUCCACGUAGAUCAACCAAAUAUCCCUCUUGUUCAAUGGGUUUGGGGGAUGUAUCCGGGAUCUGUCAGUACGGUUGGGUGCAUCGAAAUCGUGGCUGUUUUGCUUGUUUUUUUUUUCUGCCACUGCAAAGAUAUCGGCUUGUAAGCAGAAGAAGCAUGGCACGAUUUGCACCGAUGGGUAUUGUUUGUUGUGUACAUACAUGAGUCAUCGUCGGUACGAGAAAAAAACGCAAGAUUUUGCGUACCUUCAGUCUAGGUCAAGGGGCGUGGGAAGCUAGACUGGUUUGGUCGUGCGGAAUUGGUCGCCACCAACCCUAAUGUGCUUCAUGCCAAUGGAAUGACUACUUCGAUGUCUAGGUCGCACCAUCAAGGUUAUAUGGCACAAUGUCUUCAGAGCGAAGAACAGAAACAAGAGCGGACGGUGAUAAUUUGAGGGGAAAGUGAAACCUUGUAUUGUAGUAGGCGAAGAUAGUUACUUCGAAACCAGUCACAGUCUAUGUUUAUUAGGCGAGGCACUCUUGUGUCCGUUUCGUUCUCUGGCCAAUCGUUGGUGGCCCAAUAAGAAAAGAGUCUGCGUUGUUGGGUAUUUAGGCGUUUUGCCCCACUAUGUUUCUUUGUGACAUCGUUUCAUUUUCCGCGCGUAAUGGGACAGGUCUUCUUCAGUCUUUCGUUUUAUCCGUUUCGUCGGCAAUCGGGUACAGCAGGGGGGCUAUAUAUAUAUAUAUAUUGACGACGAAGUAAGGUGGAUGGAUUGGAUAUAUGUUUGGAAAGAUGUUGCAGCAAGGGGGUUGAUAAUCGGUCUAUACUUGUCUCGUCUCGAUGUUGGAGAAACGGUAAAGUUGGUCAAAGUUUCCUCUGACGUUUUUA